AUGCUUAUAAAACGACGAGGCGGAGAGCUCACCACAGAGCUGUUUCUUGCAGCCCUGGUCCUCUGCAGAGCAUCACUCCGCCUCAUCAGCCAAGGUCCGUUUCCUGCCUGCAUCCCGGUGCAGCCAUGCUGGGCACAGCAGUGCGGCUCUCAGUCCUGCUCGGCUUCCUUGGCUUUGGGAAAGGCCAGAUGUUUCACAUGGGACCAUGCCCAGAUCCACCAGUCCAAGAAAACUUCGAUAUCAACAAGUAUUUGGGGAAAUGGUACGAGAUAGAGAAGCUGCCAUCAACUUUCGAGAAAGGAAGCUGCAUCCAGGCAAAUUACUCGUUGAGGGAGAACGGGAAGUUCAAGGUGAUCAACAAGGAGAUGCUUUCCAAUGGCAAAGUCAAUGAAGUCGAAGGAGAAAUGAUGCACAUGGAUGUAAAGGAGCCGGCCAAGCUGGGCGUCCGCUUUAACUGGUUCAUGCCUUCUGCCCCUUACUGGGUCAUCUCCACCGACUAUGAAAACUAUUCACUGGUUUACUCCUGCACCAACAUCCUCUGGCUCUUCCACGUUGACUACGCCUGGAUUAUGUCAAGAUCUCCCGAGAUGCACCCAGAAACCGUGGAGCACCUGAAGAGCGUUCUCCAGUCCUACAAGAUUGACACCGAGAAAAUGAUGCCCACGGAUCAACUUAACUGCCCUCCUGAGAUGUAACUCCCAGCACACAGCGACACAGCACCAGGCCAGCGAUGAACUUUGUUGCUUUAUUAUCCAUUAGAAUUUCUCUAUGUAAUAGAGAAAUGUAAUAAUCCUUUCGCUAACGGUAGUUUGCCAGCCCUGAGUUACUCCUUGCUGUCAUUCCCUCUACCACUCUCCCCGCUUUUUUGUCUUGCCCUGACUUUUGCAGUGUAACUGACUGAUUCAAAGCUAAUGGGCGAAGAAGAGAAACCAUGAAGUGCAGAUGCCCACAGACCAAUGUAACUGCCCUCCCGAGACGUAACUCACGGCAUGCAGUGACACAGCACCAGGCCAGAUCUGCUGUUGCUGUGAGUCCUCCAGUAUGUGGAUGGGAAAGGGUAUGAGAUGUCACGUGCAAGUAUUAGUCCUGGGGAAAAACCUUUCAUCACACAGCUCCAGGUUUGUUUCCCAUUUUAGUCUUGAUGCUUCUGGGCCUGCUAGGAGUCUAUGGUGUCUGAGCUACAUUGCGGGCACUGCCUUCCCAACGGCAAUGCCCAGACACGGUGGGUUGGUCCUACAGCCUGGGAACUGAGACUGGGGGUCUUGAAUGUUUUCUGGUGCAGAAUGUUGCUGCCAAGCCAGAGGACCUCCUCGCUAGAAAUCAGAUCUGGCCCUUUGUAUUUAAAGUCUAAAAAUGUCCAGAAAUUCAGCAUCCCUCCACCCCCAGUGUCUGUAUGUGUCCUGUCUUGCCUCUAGUGAGGCUAGUCCUGCACUCCCAAGGGGUCAGCUCUGAGAGUACCUGUAAGCAGACAGAAGGAGACAGGGCUGCUCCCUUGUCCUCUCCUCUGGAGGCUUUUCCCCGAACACCGAGAGACAGCAGGCUCUGCCUGACAUCCUGCUCACCGCUUUUGUACGUGCUGAGUGCCUGCUGGCAUUGCAUCUGCCCAGGCAGGUGUUCACCAGGCACCGUGACAACUCUGCUUGAAUAGCAUUGAUGCAACUCAUUAAAAAUGAAAUCAAAGUA